AUGGAGAAGGACGAAAUCAUCACCGAUCUUGCCAUUCACAAGGAGGCUGCUGGCUUCGACGCCGCCCUUCAGGAUGCUGUGUACAACUUGUCACUACGCGCGGUCAAUCCAGUCGAUGUCAAUGUGACCGAUCUCUCUCUUGAUAUCAACACCGCCGCAUCGGCAUGGGAGGCAUCGCAACUCUGGCGUCGCAUGCGCGGCCAGAAACCGGAAGGUACCUCGAAAAAAGUCCUCAAUGGAGUAAACGCGGCGAUGCCCAGCGGCAGCUUGACAGCCAUCAUUGGAAGCAGUGGAUCUGGUAAAACAUCUCUUCUCAACCUGAUGGCUGGUCGCAUGUCCCUAUCUCGGGCGACGGUCGCUGGAAGCACGACUUUCAAUGGAAGUACCGAUAUCAACAGCGUCCGCAGCGCCUACGUCCUGCAAGAGGAUGUUCUCAUUCCAACUUUGACCGUUCGCGAGACCCUUCGAUACUCGGCCGAUCUCCGCCUCCCACCGCCAACGACCCAGGAAGAGCGCCGCGCCAUAGUGGAGCAGGUCAUUCUCGAACUUGGGUUGAAAGAGUGCGCUGAUACUCGUAUUGGAACGACCGCACACAAAGGCUGCAGUGGAGGCGAGAAGCGGCGCACGAGUAUUGGUGUACAGUUGCUGGCCAACCCAUCCGUACUCUUUUGCGAUGAGCCAACUACGGGUCUCGAUGCAACCAGCGCUUUCCAAAUUAUCCGAACGUUGAAGCGCCUUGCUCAAGACGGUCGCACUGUAAUCGUUUCUAUUCACGCGCCUCGCUCUGAAAUCUGGAGUCUCUUCGACAAUGUGAUUUUGCUGGCUCGCGGGUCUGCUCUGUACAGUGGCCCAGUGAGCGAGUCGGUAGCGCACUUUGAACAAUGUGGCCAUAUUCUACCUCCUUUUGUCAAUCCAGCUGAGUAUCUCAUUGACUUGGCUGCCAUCGAUAAUCGAACCGAAGAAUUGGAAGCUGCUUCUCACGUCCGCGUUGAAAAUCUCCGCGAGGCAUGGCAAUCUCGGCCUAAAUCCGAAGCAGCGGUGGAUCAUGCCGAAAAGAAGUUACCAGCGAAGCUUGCCUUGGAAGGCGUGGACACUGGAGCUAUGAAGAAGGUUUCAUUUCGCCGACAGUUCCGUGUCCUCACGUCGCGAACAUUCACAACGACCAUCCGCGACCCAAUGGGCGUCGCUGGCAGUCUUCUCGAAGCUGUUGGCAUGGCUGUAAUCAACGGCUGGAUCUUUCUGCAGCUCGACGAGAGUCUCGCCGGUAUCCGUUCACGCCAGGGUAGCCUGUAUACUGCUAGCAGUCUGAACGGAUACUUGAUUUUACUGUACGAGACGUACCGUCUGACAAUCGAUAUCCGCCUCUUUGACCGCGAACGCAAUGAAGGUGUUGUCGGUGUGCCAGCGUUCCUGUUGAGCAGGCGAGUCGCUCGAUUCCCGCUGGAAGAUCUCCCCGUGCCACUGCUCUUCUCCAUCAUCUUUUAUUUCAUGGUGGGCUAUCGUCUCGAGCCUGGACAGUUUUUCAUCUUCUUCGCGCUGACUUUGCUCACGCAUUACAUCGCUGUGACGUUUGCGGCGGUGUCUAUUGGCGUGGCGAGGAGUUUCCCAGGGGCGAGUCUUGUUGGCAACAUGUGCUUUACGCUGCAGUCGUUUGCAUGCGGAUACUUUGUGCAGUCUCAGCAGAUCCCCGUGUAUGUUCGAUGGCUCAAGUGGUGCGCUUACACGUUCUAUAUCUUUGGGGCACUGUGCGCGAACGAGUUUAUCGGAACCGGGGAUUCGAAAAUUGGGCAUUUUUACAACUGUCCGUACUCCGAUGACCCUCUUGACCCGAGUAUACGGGGAAAGUACAUCAUGGACAGCCUGGGCAUGCCAUCCAACUGGAUUUGGCGACCGAUUGUGAUCCUCGUCGCGUUUACGCUCGGUCAUUAUCUGCUUGCAGGUCUGUUGCUGCAGUACAAUCGCUUUGCGAUUGACAUCGCACAGGCUCGAAAGUCGGAGGGUGAUCCAUCAGCGAAGAAGGCUAAGAUCGCGAUUCGUCCUGCCGAAGAGGCGCGGCGAGUAGCUAUCUCGCUAGACAAAUAUGCUCUCGAGAUUCGAAAGCGACGGCUGCCGUGGAAGCGCAAGCAGAAACUUCAAAUCUUGCAGCCGAUCACCGCCGAGUUCCACCCCGGAGAGUUGAAUAUCAUCAUGGGUCCGUCUGGCAGUGGUAAGACAUCGCUACUCAACUCGAUUGCUCGCAGGCUUCAUGGUUCGGCUAGUACGCAGUAUCGUGUUACCGGGCAAAUGCUGUACAACGGGGCCGUGCCGUCCGAGAAUGUGAUUCGCUCGGUGACCUCAUUUGUGACGCAGGACGAUGAUGCUCUUAUGCCUUCGCUGACCGUGCGCGAAAGUUUGCGGUUUGCAGCGGGACUUCGCCUACCAACAUGGAUGACGCGCGAAGAGAAGAACCGCCGAGCCGAGGAGAUUCUGUACAAGAUGGGCCUCAAAGAAUGCGCCGACAAUCUCAUUGGGAGCGAGCUGAUCAAGGGUAUCAGUGGAGGAGAGAAACGCCGAGUCACUAUUGCGAUCCAGAUUCUCACAGACCCCAAGGUGCUUCUACUGGACGAGCCCACGUCUGGUCUUGAUGCCUUCACCGCGAUGUCCAUCAUUGAAGUUCUGCAGGGGCUCGCAGCUGAAGGCCGUACGCUCAUCAUGACCAUUCAUCAGUCGCGAUCAGACUUGUUCUCCCAUUUCUCACAAGUUCUGCUUCUAGCUCGCGGAGGCUAUCCCGUAUACGCCGGCCAGGGACAACAGAUGCUCCCGCAUUUUUCAAACUUGGGCCACGAAUGUCCGAAGACGACCAACCCCGCAGACUUUGUGCUCGACCUGAUCACUGUCGAUCUGCAACAAGAAGACCGAGAGGCCAUCACUCGCGAACGUGUCCAGCACCUCAUUUCUCGUUGGACCGAUGCAAAACCGCAACUCGGGCGAACCUCGUCUCAAAUUGCGACUCCGGCGGAGUUGGGUAGUCUGCGACGACAGAUGUUGCCCUUCCGUGUGACAUUCCCGCUUGUGCUACACCGAUCCUUCCUCAACUUCUGGCGUCAGCCACCACUCGUGAUGGCUCGGUCGAUGCAGAUCGUUGGUAUUGCGAUUAUCAUGGCGCUGUUCUUUGCGCCGCUGAAGAAUGACUAUGCGGCGGUGCAAUCUCGCAUGGGAUUUAUUCAGGAGUUUGCCGCCUUGUACUUUGUGGGCAUGCUUCAAAACAUUGCAAUCUACCCGAACGAGCGGGACGUCUUCUAUCGCGAAGAAGCCGACAAUUGCUACUCUGCCGAAACGUUCAUACUUUCCUACACAACCAUCGAGAUACCCUUUGAGAUCAUCUCGGCUCUCGUCUUCGGCGUGCUAGCCGCGUUCGCAGAUAACCUCAAACGCAGUGCGCAAAUGUUCCUCAUCAGCGCCUUCAACUGCUUCUGCAUCAUCAGCUGCGGCGAGUCCGUGGGAAUAAUGUUCUGCACGCUGUUCUCGCACGUCGGUUUCGCAGUCAACGUCACCUCGAUUCUGCUCUCUAUUUCGACAAUCCUCGGCGGCGUAAUGAGUCUGAAUGUCAACGAGGUUCUCCAGGGCUUGAACCACUUGUCGCCGAUCAAAUAUGCUAUUGCCAACUUGGCGCCGUACUCGAUGCAUGGGCAGAUGUUUGAUUGUACGCCGUCUCAGCAGCUGGCGGAUGGGAGCUGUCCGAUCAAUACAGGCGAUGAUGUACUCGCGCUGUAUAACCUUGACAAGAACGGGCCCAUGAACGUGUUGGCGCUCGGGGUGUGUACGAUCAUCUAUCGUUUGGUCGCAUACCUAUUUCUGAAGGCGAUGCGGUCGCAUCGCAUGAUGGAGCGGUGGCGCGAGUGGCGGCAGUCGAGGCAAUCGGCUUGAUUUUGUUUCUUUUGCAUUUGCACCUGGUUGAUACCCUUUGCUCAUAGUUGAAGCGCUUCCAAUCUAAUUCGGAUCGGAUCUUGAUAUUGACCUUACAUUGUACAUCUUAUAUUCAUUCUUUGUGCAUAAUCUCCGCGUCGAAGCGGACAAUUAAUAUCACAAAAAUCCGAUCGAGUUUCUGGUCACUAUAGUAACCUCGUCGGAGGCCGCCGGAGUGUAUACAAUGACCCUUC